ACGCACGUUCGUUACCGCAACGCCACUCGAUUAUUCGGCAAUCAUAAAGUUCGCCUCCUGUAUGUAUUUAAUAUUUAUAGUUGUUGAUAGUAUUCAAUAGUAUUGUUGAUCCAAAAUAAAGUGGACAUUUUAACUUGAAACUUGACAAUAAUUAUACUACAUAAUUUAUAAUAAAACGUACUGAAAAAUAGUAUAAAUAAGGAUACUCAAUUAUCAGUUUGAAGUUAUAUUCAACUUGAUAAUAUUUACAAACAAACAUAGAGAAGAACCUGAGGAAUAUAGGUGUUUGUUGAUUAAGAUUAUUUUGAAAAAAUGCCAGAAAUAAAAAUAACACCAUUAGGAGCUGGUCAAGAUGUAGGAAGAAGUUGUAUAUUGGUAUCAAUUGGUGGAAAAAAUAUAAUGCUUGAUUGUGGUAUGCAUAUGGGUUUUAAUGAUGAAAGAAGAUUUCCAGAUUUUUCAUAUAUCACAGAUGGUCCAGUUACAAAUCAUAUUGAUUGUGUUAUAAUAUCACAUUUUCAUCUUGAUCAUUGUGGUGCUCUUCCUUAUUUCACUGAAAUGGUAGGAUAUACAGGACCAAUAUACAUGACACAUCCAACAAAAGCAAUUGCUCCAAUAUUAUUAGAAGAUAUGAGAAAAGUUGCUGUUGAACGUAAAGGUGAAUCAAAUUUUUUUACAUCACAAAUGAUAAAAGAAUGUAUGAAAAAAGUAAUAGCAGUAACAUUACAUCAAUCAGUUAUGGUUGAUCAAGAUCUUGAAAUAAAAGCAUAUUAUGCUGGUCAUGUACUUGGUGCAGCAAUGUUUUGGGUACGUGUUGGUUCACAAUCAAUAGUAUAUACUGGUGAUUAUAAUAUGACACCAGAUCGUCAUCUUGGUGCAGCAUGGAUUGAUAAAUGUCGUCCUGAUAUAUUAAUAUCAGAAUCAACAUAUGCAACAACAAUAAGAGAUUCAAAACGUUGUCGUGAAAGAGAUUUUUUAAAAAAAGUACAUGAAUGUGUUGAUCAUGGUGGUAAAGUAUUAAUACCAGUAUUUGCAUUAGGACGUGCACAAGAAUUAUGUAUAUUACUUGAAACAUAUUGGGAACGUAUGAAUUUAAAAGUACCAGUUUAUUUUGCACUUGGUUUAACUGAAAAAGCUAAUAAUUAUUAUAAAAUGUUUAUAACAUGGACAAAUCAAAAAAUUAAAAAAACAUUUGUACAAAGAAAUAUGUUUGAUUUUAAACAUAUUAAACCAUUUGAUAAAACAUAUAUUGAUAAUCCAGGUGCAAUGGUUGUAUUUGCAACACCAGGUAUGUUACAUGCUGGUUUAUCAUUACAAAUAUUUAAAAAAUGGGCACCAAAUGAAUUAAAUAUGGUUAUUAUGCCUGGUUUUUGUGUACAAGGUACUGUUGGACAUAAAGUAUUAUCUGGUGCUAAAAGAAUUGAAUUUGAAAAUCGUCAAUUUGUUGAUGUUAAAAUGAGUGUUGAAUAUAUGUCAUUUUCAGCACAUGCUGAUGCUAAAGGUAUUAUGCAAUUAAUACAAUAUUGUGAACCUAAAAAUGUUAUGUUAGUACAUGGUGAAUAUGCUAAAAUGGAAUAUUUAAAAGAUAAAAUUAAACAAGAAUAUGGUAUUAAUUGUUAUAAUCCAGCAAAUGGUGAAACAUGUAUUAUAAGAACAACAUCAAAAGUACCUGUUGAUGCAUCACUUGUAUUAUUAAAAAAUGAAGCUAAAAAAUAUUCAGCAUUACCACCAGAUCCAAAAAGACGUAGAUUAUUACAUAGUGUAUUAAUGUUAUUACCAGAUGGUGCAUGUCUUGUUGAUACUGAUGAAAUUACUAAAACAACUGGUAUACCAAAACAUACUGUUAGAUUUACAUCAAUAUUACAAGUUAAUGAUCCAGGUACUGUUUCAUCAACAACACUUAAAUUAUAUAGUCCACUUAAUGAACGUUUAAAUGAAUGGAAUGUACAAAUUAUUGAUAAUACAAUAACUAUUGAAAGUGUACAUAUUAAAAUUGAUACUGGUGAUGAUAAUGAUGCACAAAAAAAAAUUUAUGUAUCAUGGACUAAUCAAGAUGAAGAUCUUGGUAGUUAUGUAUUUGAAUUUUUAAAAACAAUGUUAAAUUAAUUAUUAUUAUUAUUACUAUCAUUAAAUCUUUUUAUUUUUUUUUUUUAAUAAUAAAAUGUAGAAAAAAUUUCUAAACAU